GAGGGAAGCCAAGAGCACAAGCUACGAACUACUUUUGCCUUCCAGGAGCUAAGCCAGUUGUGGUUUUGGGGAAAGACGACUUUUUCAAGAGCUCUGCAGAACUUUUCAAGUUCACUUCAUCCCACUGGGCCGUUUGUCUUUGAAGAAUGAUUGCAUUGUGUUUUUAAUGCGGUCUUCUGAUGGAUAUCUGCUGUUUCAAGCAACUGCCAUCCUGCAUAUUGCUGAGAUAUGGCUACUAUGUUUGCUGAAAGAAGGGGAGACUACUCAUAUUCAAAAGGUGUUCCCAGAAAUUUUCCCGGAUUUUUAGCAAGAUUUUUAGGUUGUUUUUGGAAACUAGAUUUCAGCCACGCCUGACUCAGCCGGGAGUCAAUUUUUCUUUCUGAUUCAGACUCUGGAAUUUCACAUUUACCUGUAUAGAGUGUUUCUGUGAGUUUUCCCUACUACCCUUUCCUUACCUGAAAUUUGUAAGUAAGAUUCAGAAUACGUUUUGAUAAUUGAAAUAUUUUGUCCAAAAUUUUUCAAAAAGCUGCUGGGUGUUUUUUUUUUUCCCCUCAUGGAUUUUUAGGAGGCACGACUAUGUACAGGUUUGCAUACCAGUUUAAAUUUAUUUUUUAUUUCUCUGAUCAAACAGUUUACCUGAUAAAUUUCUGCAGCUUUUCUACAGCUUUAAUCAUAAGCAUGCUUUUUAAUGUUUAAUUGUGUUAAUUUGCAUUUAACUUCUAAAAGGAUACACAUUCUGAGAUUUGCACAGCUAUGAAAUAAAACACAGGUGUAUCUGUAGUUGUUUUUCCUGUUUUUUUAGCUUCAAAGUCCUGGAAAACAUCUGAGAAAUGUCUUUUUUGUUUCAUAAAUUUGGGGAGCCACGGACUACAUUUUCUGUAUUAAGAAUGACAAACCGCUGGAAAAUUCCAACUUAAAAAACUUUAAUUCAACAAAGUGAGCGAGGUGCAGGCAUUGGAGGCAUGCAAAUAUGAAUAAAAGAUCAAACAGAUGACAAUGAGUAAGAAAAACCAGGUCUGCAUUCAAAUUCCUAAAUGCAAGUACAUGCAUGGUUACUCUACACUUUAAUGUGUGGCAUAAAUAGAAGAAGAAGACAAAAAAAUAGUUGGCAUUAACAGAAAAGAAUAUAUGAAAAAAGCAAUUCACUUUUCAGCAGUCAACAAGGGCUGCUAAGGUCAUCUGAUAUCAGGUUCGGUCCUGUUUGCCAUCCUAGGAUCUACAAGCCUAAAAAGAUUUGAGAAGCUGAUAUUGUCUUCCAUGGGGAACUGUCUAAAAUCAGGUAUAGCAGUAUUCCUAGAAGAAACCACGAGCUCUUCUUACCAUAUGCUAUUCAUAUCCCAUUGGUUUUGUUCAUCAUGUCUGAAUUUAUCUGGAGGAGGAGGAGGAGAAGGAAGACCUGAUCUGGGGUUCUUAUAAUCCUGUGAAGCUCAAGGCUUUCACAAACACGUAGCAUGAAGAAACUUUGAGAAAAAGGAGAGAGGAACACCUGGAAGAAGCUGCAAGGUAGCUAUCCUUUGCUUCUUGUUUGCCCCAUUGACUGCAGUUGCACAGAGGGCUAUAAUCCUCAACAAUUUUACCAGUUGUUGGAACCUGCUGGUGGGGUGAGGACACAUUCCUGAGCAGUAUGUGUGGCCAGAGCACACUGCUGCAGCUGGGAGCAUGAGUGUUGGCCCCCAGCUACAGCUGGCAGUCCUCUGGCCUUGGCUGCUAAUGGCUAUGCUACAGAUACGACUAGGCUACUCAGGACUGGCACUGGUGGCAGCAAUGGAAGCCGAGCGGACUUUGGCCCAGAAGGCAAUAAUUCGGGUAAUUCCUUUCAAACUGGAACCCCUCACACUGGAAGGAGUCUUUGCUAGCAUUGCAGAGAUCACCCCUGCUGAAGGCAAACUGCUGCAGUUCCAUCCCCUGUCUUUGUGUAAUACCAGCGAGGAUGAACACACAGUCCCAGGAUUUGUGUCCAUUGUCAAACUGGAAAGGCCUGAGCGGGAUCUCCGGCCAUGCCUGUCAUUGGCCAAUAAGGCAAAACUGGCAGGGGAGAGGGGAGCUCGGGCUGUUCUGUUUGACAUUACAGAUGACCAGAGUGCUGCUGACCAGUUGAGGAAGCCUCAAGGGCUGAGUCAUCCUGUUGUUCUGAUCUGGGGCCACAAUGCUGAACUUCUCAUGAGAGUGGUGAACAAUAACCGUGAAGCCCAUGUGAAGAUUGAGGUGAAGGAAAUGCCAGCUUGGCCAGACUAUGAUGUUUGGAUACUCCUCACCGUUGUCAGUACAGUACUGGUCAUUGUUAUAAUCUUCAUUGUUCGCACUCGUUGUCAGCCAGGCAGAAAUCAGACAAAUGUGCAGGAAGCGACCAUACAAGCAAUCAACCGGCUGGCCAUACGGAGGUAUCAAGGCCCCUAUCGGCAUGCUCCAACAGGGGACUCUGUUAGCACCUGCAGUUCUCCUCCUAUAUGUGCAAUUUGCUUGGAAGAAUUUUGUGAGGGGCAGGAACUACGGAUCAUCACCUGUUCCCAUGAGUUCCAUCGGCAGUGUGUGGACCCUUGGCUCCAGCAGCACCAAACAUGUCCAUUAUGCAUGUUCAACAUUGUUGAUCGGAUUCCCCCUACUUUAUCUAGGCAUUCUCGUGAGGACCGACACAAUUCUGGAUCUAGACAAAGGCCUCAUUUAUUCCGACAACGACCAGGGCAUGCCUUGUACCACUUCUCACGAACUGUCCCCCAAAUGCCUCCCAGGAACUGCUCUUCAGUGGGCUCUCGUGGCCACCCUUUCUUCCACUCUCCUGAACUCUCCCAGUUGGAUUUUGGAACUAUGCAUUACUUGCCUUAUAGGCCAAUUGGCUUUGAGCCUUGGUGUGGCCACCAAGCUCCUCUCAGCAGAAGCCUGUUACUUUCACAGCAUCAUCUGGAGUCACCAGCGUGUGAGCCAGCCCUGGCCUCUCAUAGGCUGUGUCUGCUUCAACACCAGCCAUCUUGCCAAGGUCUCAGGGCUCCCCUUGCAGCUCAGAUAAAUCAUGCUGCUCCUUUACAUCGAGGAAUUCGCCAUGGGAGGCAUCACCACCACCACAGUAGUGGUUCUGGGGAAAGUUAUCUUACAGAACCCAGUGGAUACCUUCCUGAUGGCCCUGGCAGUGAUUCCAGUUCAGGUCCUUGCCAUGGCAGUUCCAGUGACUCCAUGUUGAAUUGCACUGACAUCAGUCUUCAGGCUAUCCAUGGCAGUUGCUCUACUUUUCAUAGCUCCCUGAGCAGUGAUUAUGAUCCGUUCACCUUCUGUGGCUCAGAGAAGUUGAGCACAGAUAACAAACAAGAUUCUUCUUCAUCUGGGAGGGAUUCACAGCUUCAGUCAGUAGACACAAUGGUAACAAGUAGAGCACAACUAGCCAGUAAUCAUGUCCACUAUCAUCACCAUCACCACAGGCAUCACCAUUAUGGGCAGAAACCUUCCAGCUGUCCAAAUGGCAGGCCAAACCCAGAGUCUAAUCCACGCAAGAUGAAAUAUUCCAGGACAAAGGUGGGAUCACAAAACAUCUCAGUACCAAAAAGGACAGAGAAAAUGAAAAUGCUAGAUCUUUCUAGGCAAGGACAUACUGAGCUGUAUUUGGCAGAUGGGUCUGAUAUUAGCAUGACAGCCAGUAAUCAAGCUGGAACUAUUGGACUGUGGGGUACUCAGAAACACCAUGUGCAAAUCCAUCCAGGUAGAAGGAGAUGGAAGUGUCCUCUUGAGACUUCCCCCGAGGACUCCAGCAGAACCCUGGAAUGCAGAAUUGCUAGCCAUCCUGGUGGUUUAUAUAGAAACCAGGGUUCCCCGGAAAUUCAACCUCUUUUAGUAGGCGGUCCCCCUGCGCAUAAUUUUGCAGCAUUGCCGGAGGUAUCAAAAUGCCUAACUCCAUGUUUUACCAUGGAGCCCCACGAAAAGAGGGACACGCUGAAACAAUUGGAUUGUGAACACACAUUUCCAGAAGAAUGUUCAGACAAGGAUGCAACAGGAAGCAACACAAGCUCUUACCUCAAUAAUCAAGUUCUGCAAAACCUUCAGGGAUCUACAGAAGAUAUCCCCAAUGUGUAUGAACAUUCAGUUUGAUGUGAGGUGAACUUCACUCUGUCAGACAGCCUAAGAGAAGAGACCAGAAAUUCAGUGAGAAUGGGCUUUCUUACAAACUCUUCAUGUCUCUUUUGUUGGCAAUGCAGUACAUAAAUCUUACUAAAUUUUCUGUCCAGACAAUUCAACCCACAAGUGGUCACCUGCCUGUCAGAACUAUAAGCUGCCAAUGUCACUUGCAUUGUUUUGGGAAGCUGCCAUCUUGAAGACUUUUUCAUUUGUUGCAAUGGAGGAUCCUUACUGUUCAUAUUGUUGUUCCUUAAGGAGAGUGAAGUGUAAUCAUUUAAAAUUUCCAGGGAAAAAAAGAACCACCAUAAAGUUCAUUUACAUUUGCUUUUUAACUGCAAAAUAGAACGGUAGGAACAACCUUACACUUUCACCCCAUUCCAAGAGCAUAUAUGAUAUGCAGGUUGAAAUUAGACAGAGAAAUUAUUCCAUUCUACUGCUGUUUUUUUCUUCUUCUGAUGUGAAUGUGAGUCUUGGUUCAAGAUGUAGUUUGCAAGAUCUAAACUCUCUUCCCCAUCCUUAGCAAAGGGGGUAUUGGAGGUCACUCUGGUUCUGCCUCAUAGGAAUGUUGUUACAGCUCGAUUUGCCAAGAAGUCUAGAAGGUCAUAUCUCCUUUCCUUUUGAAUACUGUCUGCUACAUCAGAUAUUAGCAUGGGAGAAUUCCAAAUCUGCUUCCUGUGAAUUACAGUUAUUGUCUGUACUAACUGAAAUGCCUGAUCCUCGAGGAGCAAAAAGACCCCAUAGCACUAGUUAAUGGUUAUUUUAUUUCAGACCAUUUAGAAAACUGAGUUGAAACAUGGUAGAUAGGAAUAUUUCAGGAUGUCAUAAGCUAACAACCUCUAUUAACUACGAAAACCCAGUUCUCUACACACCUUUCAACCCUAGAUUGGUACUGAUAUGGAGGGGAGAGUGUUUUCAGAGGCUGGAUUUGGACCAAGAAUCUCUACCUAGCUCCUUAAAAUUGUCGAAAAAUAAACUACACCCCUCCCCAAAAGGUAUGCCCAGAUAUUUCCUAGUGUCUUUGCCAUGAUAGGCCCAAGAUUUCAGUUUUUCUUAGAGUAGACCUGAUCUAAGAUUUAAACCCUGCUCUUCCAUCCUCACAUCCAGCACUCUGCUACUCUACAACAUAGCCCACAAUAUUAUUUCUUCUUCUUCUUCCUCCCUCCUCCUCCUCCUCCUUGGUAUCCAAUUGUGAAUAGGUAACAAUUCCAGUCUAAAAACAGUCAUACUGCACUUUACAUGUGGAAGACAAAGAGCUGACAUUUGUAGAAUUAGAGUUAAUAUUUUCAGGUAUCUUUUUUUUUUCAUUGCUCUGAGUGAAUACAAGGCAAGCUGUUUAGUAACUGGUAUGCAAAAAACAUCCUGAGACAUAACUGAAUAAGAAUGCUGUGAUAAGUUGCUAAUUGGUAAAUGUAACCUAUAGUCAAACAUCAAGCAGUGGGAUAUUAAUAUGGUACUGUUGUGAAUGUGGCAAAUUAGAGAUGUAACUAUGGAUAUUUUUCUUAAUUAAAACACUCUGGCAUUUUAGGUAGAUCCAUGCACUGACUUAAAUCUGCCUGGGAAUAAUCAGUAUGCUUAUCAAACUAAUAUUCCUGGAUUCUCUGGGGAGAAACUAUCAAUUGAAUUGGAAUAAAGAGUGAUAUAAAUCUUUAUUUUAGAUAUAUUCAGAAUCUCACUGAAUAUAUAAGACCAUUAAUUCCUGAAGCAUUGCAAAGACAUUCACUCUUUGGCUAAAAAUUUUGAAUGGGACAUAAAAUAAAAAUGAUUUAUGAUUAAAAUGAUUCCUUUCUAAAGAACCUGCCAAAGGUUAAACAGAGAUUACAGGCUUUUUGAGAGAUGAGCAAGGAAAUCAAGAGGCGUGUGCUUAUUAUUGUCACUUUCUUCAUAAUGUAUUGCAACUAAUGAAUGAGGACCAAAUUGGCCAGAGAUAUAUCUUUAAAACUUUAUAAGGUUAAUGGAAAUUCAAAAUAUAUAUUUGGAAUUUAUUAUUUUUAUUCAUUUCAUAUUUGAUAAAAUAAUGUAAGAAAAGUGUUGAUCAGGGUAUAUGCAGCUGUGAUAUUAACGAACCAGCAGUAGAAAGAGGAAGAGCACGUUUGGCAUGCAAAAAGUAGCAAAUUCAAACCAUAGUGCUUCCAGGAUGAGCUGGGUAAAGUCCCUGAUCUGUAGUGCUUUCCAAGAUUUAAAUCAGAAUUGCUGAGCUACCUAGGCUUGAUAGUACUGAUAUGAUAGUGUGCCUGAGAAUUCUGGUGAUUGUAAUCCUACACCAUCUGGACAAUACUAAAUUGAGGAAGUAUUACAGGUGAUAUUGAUGAGACAGAGAUCAGUGAUCUGGCUGAUUUUAAGCUUUUCUUAAUGCAGGUUAAAAAAAAGAACCUGAAAAUCCACAGAAAUUGCUGAUGGAUGAUUUGUACAUCCUUUGAUGAGCAGUCAUCCAAAAAUUGGAUGUGAACUUAGAGACAUAUUCAUGGAUAAAGAAGAUUCAUGGCAUGUAGGUGUUAGAAAGUUGUAAAUGCAGGAAAACAACAUAUUUAAUCAAGUUUAUGCAAAAUAGGAGGCUCAGUCCUAAAAUGUAUUAAAAAGCACCACAGCAUUGUAUCACAGGAUAAAGACUUACAUUGUUUUGGAAGAAAUAUACGUCCCCCCUGGGUACAGAAUAGGAACAGAGUAACCAGUUCUUUUCAUAAAGGGGUGCCCCAAGUCACAGGUUGUGUGUUCUAUGGAGCUACCACUGCUUUAUUGAUGAGGUUCAGUGGGAUGUUUUCUACUAUACUGCACAACAGGAAGAGCACCCUACAUUUACAAUGAUUCUUCUUCCUCAGCCCUCCCCCCCCCAAAAAAAAACAAAUCCAGGAAAAUUACACAGAAAAAAGCCCUGUCCCAUUAUCUCAUUCUCACAGACUUUAAGACAUGGCCCCAACCCCUCUCUCACACUUCAAAGUUACACAUUUGGGGGAAAGUACUAGUCUUUUCAGGUCAAUACACAAUUUCUUGCAUGCUGGGAGUACCUCAAAUGGAGCAAUUUAGUGGCAACUAUAAGAGACAGUAAAAAAAAAAAUGGAAUUAACCUUGCUGUAUUUUUAGAUUUAAGCACUGGAAAAUGUUUCAGGAACAAAAAUAGCGCUCAUUUAGAUGUUCCAAAACCUGUCAGAAAACAUCUGAAGACUAGGCACUAGUUUGGCUAUAGUUGUGUUUCAGUUGGAGUCAAAGCACAAGCCAUAGAAAGGAUGAAAAAAACUCACUCUACAGGGAAACAGUGAGUCAGUGAGAACACGUUGAAUGGUUCUUUUCCUUUCAGCACCUUUUCCUUCAAACUUCUUCAGCUGCAGUUGUUCUGCUCCUUCCUCCUGGCAACCUCAGACCCUUUGAAAUGUGAAUAAGGAUUUUAUUUUUAUACUUUUUAAUUAUUUUUUUGAAUCUACUUUUCAGGCACUUGGGUACUUUUAUAAACCAAAAGGAAAAAAAAUGUUUAUGUAUAUACAUAUGCAAAACCAAAUAUUUAUGUCUAAGAGAGAGAUUGUUUGAAUAUGGGGACAUGCUCAAACCUAUUUAUUUUGCUAAUAUAUUUAUCCACGUGUAAAGCUGUUCAUGUGGCUGUUAUUUUUUUUCUGUAUAAAAUCAUGGGUGCCUAUGUUCAA